AUGGCCAUGCACACUACUCCACGGACCUGUAGACAAUGCAAAGCCAGUAAAAAGAAAUGUGAUCGGGCUAAGCCUAUCUGUGCACGAUGUUCCCGGCUUUCAUUACCUUGUGCAUUCGAUGGGGACAUUGAGAGUCCUUCUGCAGAUAUUGCCACGAAAUUUGAAAAGGUGUUCGAACGACUCGAAAAACUUGAAUCACAAGGAUGCGACCCUGGAAAGCAGCAGCGGGCAUCUGCAAACACUACCAUCACACACGACACCAACACUAUUAAAUGGCAGCUUUCUCCUGGUCUAUUUCAACCUUCCUACAUGGAAGUUAUAGCAUCUGCGAAUGUGUCCCAUGUUUUGGAAAAGAAAAAUAUCACCAUGCUAGAUGUAGCUGGUAAGCACCUGGGCACUUUAUGCAGCUUUUUGCCUAUUAUCUCUCAAGAGAGAUUUUCGAACAGGCUUCAUGAAGCACAGGAACUCAAACCACAUGGGUCGUUUUCCAUUCUGAGCCUGGCUAUUGUUCUGCUCACGGAAGACUCAAUUUCCCACCCUGGCGGCACUCCCUCUUCACUGAAGCCGGUUUCUGAGGCCUACCAGGUUUGCAAAUACCACUAUUCCUUGUUGUGCUCUUUGAACGACCCUUCCAUAGAGUUAAUCCAGGCCGGCCUGUGCAUAGCGCUCUAUGAGCAUCUACAAGUAAUUGGAGACCAAGAAUAUCUUACCAUUGGCGGUUGUGCGAGGAUGGCCAGCCUUCUCAGAUUGUCACCACAUAUUAGCAUAAUGUCAGAGAUGGCUAGUAGGCAUCUGCCCUGGGAAUUUUCGCCGAUAAGUGAACCAUUUGACAUUACAGGUGCGUUUCACAAUGAGUACAAUCAUAAAGCUGGUAAUAACCGUAUAAUGGCGGUAGACCUGGGCCACUUCAAAGCUGAGGCCGAGGCGACCCAUAUUCUUUAUUCUCUUCGCAAAAUUCUCCAUCGUGAUAAGCCGAAAGAGCUCAACGAGACGCAGAUAAAACAAGUCACAGCUUUGGGUCAAAGGCUAGAAUACCUGAGGGCCAAGGUUCAAAAUUGUCAUGCGAGCCACGCAGCAUGGCGUAGCGAGCUUGCAACGAUCUUAGUGUAA